GGGAGGAGCUUGAGCGUUAACCGCCGUCCCAGUUCUGCCAAGCAAUCGUGUCCAAGUCUGGUUAUUGUCGUACCGCUGUACAUACGCCGGGGUAUUACAGCGACCAGUCGCUCGCUUGCCUGGCAGGUAGCCGUUCGCGCGAGCGGCAGCAGGGAAUGGAUGCGGAGAACGCGGGCAGCUGUUCACUUGAGCAGGCUCAAGCUUUUUGUACAUUUCCAUUUCAACAAAUGAUGGCAGAAGCUCCUAAUAUGGAAGUUAUGAAUGAACAGCAAGCACCAGCAGAAGUUCCAGACCCGUCUCCUGCUGAGGAACCUGUAAAAGUGACUCCAAAAGGAAGGAAAAGAAAACCCAGAACAACAGAACCCAAAAAACCAGCGGAACCCAAAAAACCUGCUGAGGCCAAAAAAUCUGCCAAGGCCAAAAAAUCAAAAGAAAAGCAAGAAAAAAUUACAGACACAUUUAAAGUGAAAAGAAAAGUUGACCGUUUUAAUGGUGUUUCUGAAGCUGAACUUCUGACCAAGACUCUCCCAGACAUUUUGACCUUCAAUCUGGACAUUGUGAUUAUUGGCAUCAACCCAGGACUAAUGGCUGCUUACAAAGGGCAUCAUUACCCUGGACCUGGAAACCAUUUUUGGAAGUGUCUGUUUAUGUCAGGACUGAGUGAGGUCCAACUGAACCAUAUGGAUGAUCACACUUUACCAGGGAAGUAUGGUAUUGGAUUUACCAAUAUGGUGGAAAGGACCACACCAGGCAGCAAGGAUCUUUCCAGUAAAGAAUUUCGUGAAGGAGGACGUAUUCUAGUGCAAAAAUUACAGAAAUAUCAGCCACGAAUAGCAGUGUUUAAUGGAAAAUGUAUUUAUGAAAUUUUUAGUAAAGAAGUUUUUGGAGUAAAGGUUAAGAACUUAGAAUUUGGACUUCAACCCCAUAAGAUCCCAGACACAGAAACUCUCUGCUAUGUUAUGCCAUCAUCCAGUGCAAGGUGUGCUCAGUUUCCUCGAGCCCAGGACAAAGUUCAUUACUACAUUAAGCUGAAAGACUUAAGAGAUCAGUUGAAAGGCAUUGAACGAAACACAGAGGUUCAAGAGGUGCAAUAUACAUUUGACCUACAGCUUGCCCAAGAGGAUGCAAAGAAGAUGGCUGUUAAGGAAGAAAAAUACGAUCCGGGUUAUGAAGCAGCGUAUGGUGGUGCUUAUGGUGAAAAUCUGUGCAGUAGUGAAACUUGCGGCUUCUCUUCAAAUGGGCUGACAGCUGACAGUGGAGACGCACCUUUCAGUGACAUUCCAAAUGCGCCGUGGAUGACCCAGUCAUUUACAGACCAGAUUCCUUCCUUUAAUAAUCAUUGUGGGACACAAGAACAGGAGGGAGGAAACCACGCGUAAGAACGGUGCUUCUCAGCUCUGCUCCGAUGCUGCAGUUUUAAUGCAGUUGUCAAGAACUGGCCCUCAGUUUGCUAAUGCAAGAAUUUUCUUAGUGUUUUACUCUGGUGACAUAAUCAUAGAACAGUUGUGUGGUAGAAUCAACUGUAUAAACCUACGUGGUGUGGAAGGAAAAAGUAGGGUUUUCUUGUAUACGAGUUUUUAUAUUCGACUUAACUACCAUUCCAGCAUUUUAUAAACUGUCUUUCAUUUAUGAAAAAAUUGAUUUUUCUUUUGUGAGUCACUUUUAAUCUGUAAUUUUAAAAUGUAAGAGUCUGAAUAUUUAUACUUGAUUAUUAACUGCAUAAACUUAGGUCCACCUUUAUCCCUUUUAUGCCUAAGAAGGGCAUGCUAAUAAUUAGAAUUACUGGUAAAGAGGCACGUGUUGGUUUUCAUGUGUGAUGUUCAGCCUCCGUGGAGCCUCAUUUGGUAGCUUUUAGCGGUGUUUCCUGGGCUCCCAGAGUCGUAUUUGUACUCAGACCUCUGCUUUCCCAGUGGUGAGCAUUUGUGAGAGUUGCUUAGUCAUACAAAUGUAGAGUGUGGCAGCGGCACCAAGGCUACUGUGGCCUUGCCUGACAGGGCAUCGGGCCCUGGCUUUGGCCUCCUCGCCCCUCUAAUAGGCAGAAACUAUUCUGCUGGAAUGGUAGGUUCCAGAGAAUGCAGUAGACCUUUUUAAUUUUACUUCAUCUGUGUUUUACUUGAAAGACAUACAUUUGAUAGGGAAAGAACUGAACUUCUCUCUUCAGUAUCAUCAUUCGGAUUUUAUCCUGUUUGGCUUUAAGGAUGUAACGUGGAAAGUGAUGAGAAAUGAACUUUCAGGCUGAGCAACAAGAUGCUGGAGCUGUUUGAUAAUCUUAUUUAAACUGGUGCUUUAUGUCCAUGAGAUGUACUGAUACAAGUAAUACAGAAUUUUUCUCACUAGGGAAAUCUAAUAAGCCAGUAAUUUCAAAAAUCCUUUGUCUACAUCAUUGCUGUUUGUUACUGUGGACUAAGUGAACCUCAUGGUAAGGUUAGUUUGAAGUAACGUACCUUUGAUUUUCUAACGUGUUUUCCGUGGUGCUAUGAAUAGUCCACACUCCUAGACCUGGCACAUGUAAAGCUGGGUAUUCGGAAAUGCGAUUUGCAUUUACUCCUGAUCACUUACACCCAAGGAGCAUGCUUCUCAAUAUGGAAAUAUUUAUGAGGUGUGUUUUGUUUUGUUUUUUCCCUAAGAGGUUAUAUGGCUUAUUCUUCUUUUUAUAAUAAGAGAAACAAAUCCUUGUUGUGAAUCUUAACAUGCUUUUUAGCUGUGGCUAUAAUGGAUUUUAUGUUUCCUUUAGUCUAGGUCAAGCUGUGUAAAGUCAUUCAUGUUAUUUAAAUCAUGUACUGUACUGCUGUUUACAUGGAUGUUUUGUGCGGGUGCUUUGAAGUGCCUUGCAUCAGGGAUUAGGAACAACUGAAUUAUUUUUUCAUGGGACUUUGUAAAGCAUGUAACUAGGUAUUGCUUUGGUAUAUAAUAAUUUGUAGCCUUACGAUAAAUUUUUUUUUUUUUAAUUUAAGUGGAGAAAGUACCCUUUAAAUUAUGAUGUACACUCACUAGAGAAAAGGUUUGAGGAUUUUCCAAGCAUAAAAUAAUGGUGUUUUCAUUAAAUAUGACAGAUGACUAGUAAAUGUUGAUAUAUCCUAUACAUGACAAUAUGAGACUUUUUCAUUAAGUAAUAUUGAAAAAAUUUUUAAAUUCAUUUGAAAGUCUGAUGGUUUUUACAAUAAAAAAAAUAUUAAGAAUGAUUAUCCUUAA